AUGAAUUCCUUAUUUAAAUACGGUAGUGUUCAAGAAAACCCUUUAUAUUCUUGUUCAGUUCCAUUUGAAGAAUUGUCAAUUCCGGGAACAAAAAGAGUUUUAUUAGGAUAUGCAUUGAUAAUAUUCGGAAUUUUUGUCGAAAUUAUUUAUAUACCAUCAUUGAUUGCAAUGAUUAAGAAAAAGUUAUUGAGAUUUUCGUGUUACAAAAUAAUGUUCUGUUUGGGUUUGGUUGAUAUGUAUACAACUUGUAAGUUGAUUUCAAGUGGGAAAAUUAAAUUGUACUACUGUAAUGUUAACUUUUUCAAAAAAAACGUUGCAGUGAUUUGCACUAUUUUAAGUGGAUACUUAUUUAUCGAAGGAGCUGUUUACUGUAGUUAUCCAACGCUGAUUUACAUAACUGGUUGUUUUGCAUUGGGCGGUUGGAUAAUGUCUUGUGGAUUCACUUUACUUCUUGUAAUCAACAGAGUUACCGACAUUGUAUGUCCGAAUUUCUCUGAAAUUGUUUUCAACAACAAUCGAGCUUGGUUAACUUGUGUAAUUCCUUUGGUUUAUGGUUUAUAUUGUAUUUUCUUUACCCCGGCAAUUAUUUUCAAUUCCACAAUUAUGGCUUGGAUUGGUGAUCCGGGAAUAACUGCUGGACAUUCUGGAGAUUAUUACAAUUAUGUUCAAGUCUACAAUAAUUUUGUGUUCAUUUUCUCAACAAUUGCUCUUUACAGUUUAUACUGUGUUUUUAUGCAAAAGAAACAGAAUGGAAUAAAAGUUUCAAGUGGGAAACAAGUUUUUAUUCAAUCAUCAAUUAUUUGCUCGAUUAAUUGUUCUUCUGCAAGUGUUUAUACUUUAUUGAUGUUCAUAAAACCAAAUCCAAUAAUUGUAAUUAUUGGCGAAUUGGCUUGGUCAAUGGUACAUGGAUUUCCAGCAAUUAUUUAUUUGACAAUGAAUAGAACAAUUCGAAAUGAAGUCUUGGGAUGGUUCAAAAAAUCAGAUAAUCGAGUUGGAGAAAUAUCGAACUCAAGACAACGAACCCUUGAAUCAAUCUGA